AUGACCGUUACGUUCGUGCGGCGUCUUUUACGCAUUUCUGACGUACAUGGGCGGCUAGGAGCGGAGCGAAAGUCCUGCACGAUUCAGGAAGGAGGAGGUGCCGGCCGGGCGGGGUGUGGCCUCGACAGUCGGAGGGUGCUGCGAUUGGUCCUCGGCUGUGGCGACAUCGUCGAUUGGCUUCUGCGUGCAGAGCCUGGUGAGAAUGGGUGGCGGCCGUUUGAAUUCAAAAGUGGCGGGUGUGGCACGGAGCUGGUAGCAGCCGAUACCUUAGCUCAAGUGUUCUGCGUUGGGAGCGAGGGAGAGAACCUGGGUUCCGGGCUCCCAGCAUUCUGUCUUCUUCCAUUGCGCUCCCCUGGCGUCUGUGGGACGGAGCUGGACAUGGAGCAGCGGAGGCACCCCCUGUUGGAAGUGAAAGGGAAAAAGGCUUCUUCUCGACUACCUCUCCCAGGAAGCAGGCUCAAGAGGGGCCCUGACCAGAUGGAGAAUGCCUUAGAGCCUGAGAAGAAACGGAUACGAGGCCUGGGCACAGUGUCCCAAAUUGCCACAUCCCACCCCAGAGCACCACCCCUAACUGUAGUACCACAGACACAAGGCCAGACUGCAGCCCAGAAAGUCCCUAGGAAAACAGGACUGCGGUGUUCAACAGCUAUUGCUACAGUGUCAAAGAGCAAGAAGCCAGUUGCUGCUGUUCCUGCCCAGAAGCCUGAAACAUCAGCUGUUCCUCCCAUAGUGGGAGGGAAGAAACCUAGCAAACGUCCAGCCUGGGACUUAAAGGGUCAGUUAGGUGACCUAAAUGUAGAGCUGAAACGCUACCGUGAGAGGACUCAAAUGUUGAACCAGGAGAACCAACAGCUGCGAGCCCAGCUUGAAGAAGCUCAGCAACAGGCCAAGACCCUGGGGGAAGAACGCAGGACUUUAGAAGAAGAGUUAGCCAGGGUGCGAGCUAAGGCAGAGCAAGGCCAACAGGAGCUAGGGAACCUGAGCGCCCGUGUGCUGGAGCUGGAAGAGCGGCUGGGCACACAGGAGGGCUUGGUGCAAGAGCUUCAGAAAGAACAGUUGGAAUUGCAGGAGGAGCGGAGAGGAUUGGCUACCCGGCUGGAGGAGCAGGAGAGAAGGCUGCAAGCAUCAGAAGUGGCUCUGUCAAGCAGCAGAGCAGAGGUGGUAUCUCUGCGCCAGGAGACUGCAACCCAGGUGGCUUUACUGACCGAGCGAGGAGAGCGUCUUCAUGGACUGGAGAUGGAGCGCCGACGACUACAUAAUCAGCUGCAGGAACUCAAGGGCAAUAUCCGUGUAUUUUGCCGGGUCCGCCCAGUCCUUCCAGGGGAGCCCACCCCGCCCCCUGGCCUCCUCCUGUUUCCUGCUGGUCCUGGUGGACCUUCUGAUCCUCCAACCCGUCUUACCCUCUCCCGGUCUGAUGAACGGCGUGGGACCCUGAAUGGGGCGCCAGCCCCUUGCACCCGCCAUGACUUUUCCUUUGACCGAGUAUUCCCCCCAGGGAGUGGACAAGAAGAAGUGUUUGAGGAGAUUGCCAUGCUUGUCCAGUCAGCCCUGGAUGGCUAUCCAGUGUGCAUCUUUGCUUAUGGCCAAACAGGCAGUGGCAAAACCUUCACAAUGGAGGGUGGGCUUGGGGGAGACCCCCAGGUAGAAGGGCUGAUACCCCGGGCCCUGCGGCACCUCUUCUCUGUGGCCCAGGAGCUGAGUGACCAGGGCUGGGCAUACAGCUUCGUGGCAAGCUAUGUAGAGAUCUACAAUGAGACCGUCCGAGACCUGCUGGCCACUGGGGCUCGGAAGGGACAGGGAGGCGAGUGCAAGAUUCGUCGGGCUGGGCCAGGGAGUGAGGAGCUUACUGUCACCAAUGCCCGAUAUGUCCCCGUCUCCUGUGAGAAAGAGGUGGAAGCCCUGCUCCAUCUGGCCUGCCAGAACCGGGCUGUAGCCUGCACAGCCCAGAAUGAACGAUCAUCACGCAGCCACAGUGUGUUCCAGCUGCAGAUCACUGGGGAGCACACUAGCCGGGGCUUACAGUGUGGGGCCCCCCUCAGUCUGGUAGAUCUAGCUGGGAGUGAGCGGCUAGACCCUGGCUUAGCCCUUGGUGCUGAGGAACGGGAACGGCUUCGGGAAACGCAGGCCAUUAACAGCAGCCUGUCCACACUGGGGCUGGUCAUCAUGGCCCUGAGCAACAAGGAGUCCCAUGUGCCCUACCGGAACAGCAAGCUCACCUACCUGCUACAGAACUCUUUGGGUGGCAAUGCUAAGAUGCUCAUGUUUGUGAACAUUUCCCCCCUAGAAGAGAACAGCUCCGAGUCCCUCAAUUCCCUGCGUUUUGCCUCCAAGGUGAACCAGUGUGUUAUUGGUACUGCCCAGGCCAACAGGAAAUGAAGAUGGAUCCAGAUCCUUUGGAGGGGGGUGUUUGUCCAUGUGUGCCUCUGUGUGUUU